AUGGAUGAAAGUGACGUCAUCAUAUCAUCCACGGAGAUCAUAAAAGACAGACUGUAUUUCGCGACUCUGAAGAAUGGUUAUAAACCGAAAUCAACAAGGAACAGCAAAUAUUUUCACAUCGAAGAUGAGAUUGUCUACGAAAACUUUUAUUUCGACUUUGGACCUUACCACCUCUGUCAUCUGUAUCAAUUUUGCAACAAGCUUAAUGAGGAAUUGGAGAAGAAUCCGAAGAAAAAAAUCGUCUUCUAUACCAGCAACAAUGAGACCCUUCGACUCAAUGCUGCUUACCUUAUUGGGAGCUAUCAGAUAAUAUACCUGGACUCAAGCCCAGCAGCGGUGUACAAGCAGCUGACAGAUGGAUCAGAGUGGUCCCUCCUGAACUUCCGUGACGCGUCAGGAGGUCCACCACUCUUCGACAUCUCCCUCCUCGAUGUGCUGCACGGCAUCAAGGUGGCCCAUGAUGCUCGGUUCUUCGAUUUCGACAAUUUCGAUGCCGAACAGUAUUUGUUUUAUGAGAAAGUGGAAAACGGCGACCUGAACUGGAUUAUACCAGGCAAAAUGCUGGCUUUCUCUGGUCCCCACCAUCGGUCGCGGCUGGACCGUGGCUACCCGCUCCAUAGCCCUGAACACUACCACGAUUACUUCAGGAAACACCAUGUAACCACCAUAGUACGGCUUAACAAGAAGUCCUAUGAUGCUCGGCAGUUCACCGCCCAUGGGUUUGAACAUAGAGAACUGUUCUUCGUCGAUGGCUCCGUACCUUCAGACCUUAUUGUGAAUCGGUUUAUAAGGAUCACUGAAGCCGCCAAAGGAGCUGUUGCUGUGCAUUGUAAAGCGGGCCUAGGUCGCACAGGUACCCUAAUAGCAUGUUACCUGAUGAAGCACCAUGCGUUCACUGCGCGGGAGUCGAUCGCGUGGCUACGCAUCUGCCGCCCCGGCUCUGUCAUUGGACAUCAGCAGUGGUUCUUGGAAAAUGUCCAACCUCGAAUGCACGCGGAAGGAGAGUCGUACCGGCGUCGUCACAAUAUCACCUCGCUUCCGGUCUUCGAGAGAGGGAUCUACAGCGAGAUACCAGAAGUGGAGGAGAAGGUCCAACCAGCUGUGGAUAACAAACCUGUGUCCUUGCAAACAAUACUUCAUACUAGCAAGAUCACCAAUAAUAAGUUGGACAACGCCAACGCUCUGAACGCCAACGAGCCUGACUCCGAGAACAACGUAACAACUGUCAUCGGCAAGUACAAGACCACCCCCACUCCAAUGCUCCCAACGAAGACAGUGUUCGCGCCCAAAAUGAACUACAUGAUGCCCACCAACAACAUACGGAACGCCAACAACACCAACUUGAAGCAACCUCCUCGGAUCAUCAACUCCACUCUCAAAUCUCAUUACGCAUCAAAGACUUCGACAUUUCCCCCAACUAGAAGUGCCAAUUCUCAAGCCAAUAAACUGACGGGUCCCGUCAAACCCUUCACCGGUAAGAGUAGCUUCCACGGCCAACGAGCCAACCUCGCGCGCCCCGCUCUAGGCUACACUCACGGAUCAAGUCCCCUCAAAACCUUCACUAGAAAGACCGUCAGCGUCAGCAAAAUCCCCACCAACGACAGCGCAGUCGUCACAACACUGAACAACGUAACUUCAACUUUAUCUGCACUUACAGAAAAUUGCCAUUUAAAUGGCAAAAAUCGUCUCCCAUCUGAGCCAAAUCUCAAAUCUGUAGUGCAAACUAAACCUACUAAUUCAAAUAUAAACGCGCGCAAGAAACUAAUAGUUAGAUCUAACUCCAGCUCCCGUAAAAAGCUCCCUAAGAAUAAUUUGCCUAAAACUGGUCUCGAAUCUACACAAGAUCUGUCUUCCAGUGACACGAAUGUCACUAAUAUAUCCGCGGAUUCCCUCGAAACUCCGUUCAGGUUCAGACGGAAACGGGACAAGUCAAGUAGUCCGGAGCCGAUGGAUUGUAUCUCUAACUCUGUGAUCACGGCGGACGUCACUCCCGACAACUAUGAGGAGACAAACAACUCCCAGGGAAACAAAUUGUAUAAAAUCAAGGCGUUGCGAAAGAAAUGUCCCGCGUUCGGAGUCAGUUUGCUGAAGAAGGAUGGCGUCCAAACCCGGUCGAGUAGUUGUGCCAGUAGCUCGACCGUCAAGAAGAAAUGA